AACGUCAAAGCCUUUCGGGGCGGCAGUUGAAAACAGCUGAUUUGAACCUGUUUGUUUACUAACAAAUUUAUCGGCCUGGUGAUGUACCGGUGUCCUCCAAAAUGAUGAAAAUUUGUCGUUUUUGUCUGCUCGAGGACGAAGAAUAUCUUAUACCGGUCGCGGAUGCCUCCGAGCUGGCGAUCGAUAUCGAGGAAGUGGCACUGUUUAGUGGCAUAAGGAUCGACGAUGACAACAAAACGGCCUACGCCAUGUGUCUGGAAUGUACCAACAAGCUGCAAAUUUGUUCCACCUUCCGGAAAACGUGCAUGAGCAACGACACACAGUUUCGUGAGCUACGUGCCAUGGUGGAGGCGAGUGCUAGCGAGCCAACCGAAACUGUGGUCGAACUAUCAGACAGCUCGGAGGUUACGUUCGAUUUCGAUGGAUUUGGUGACCACUGCUUACAGUCGACACCCAGCGAGCCAGUGUGCAGUCGUAGCAACAUCACGGAGCUGUUGCCUGAACCGGACCACAAGCAGAGCGAACCGGUGCUACCGGUCACGAGCGCCAUCAUCGAAGCGAUCGCGAACGAUGAAGCGUUCGCGUACUCGGCCAACUACAUCGAGCAGGGUGAAACGGUGCACGUUGAGGAUGUGAUUCACAGAUCGUUCGUCGACUGGAAUAACAGCCUAAAUCCCAUACCGCCCCGAGUUCAGUACGUGCGCGAGCGCGGCAAGCGAAAGAAGCAUCUGUGCGAAAUCUGUGGCGUAAUAGUGUUCCACAUGCCGUCCCACUAUGAGAAACACCGCGAGCCCUCGUUCGAGUGUUCGCUGUGCCCGGUAAAGACGAAACAUAAGGCGACCAUGGCACAGCACAUCGAACAGGUGCACCUGAAACUGGUGAAAAAGAAGUGCAAAAUAUGCGGCAAAGGUUUCAUUCAUCACAAAACGUACCGGUACCAUAUGCUUACUCACGAGAGCAAAGGGGAAAAGUUCGAAUGCCCGGACUGCGAGAAAACGUUCCCCAAUGCCGUCUAUCUGAGGGAUCAUUUUAAUCGACUUCAUAAUGCGGCUAAGAAACCCAGAAACACCGGUACAGAACGCAAAGUGCGAAGGACACGCAACAGAUCCCGCAUUGCAGAUGAGACAAGCGACACCGAAUAAGUACAAACGGGUUUUAUUUUUAUUUCUAUGGAGACUUUCAGUUUAUUGGCCUUGUUGUGGUAGCAAUCCAUAGGAGUGAUUUCUUUGAAAUUGUAACCAAAGGUUGCUUUAGCCUAUAUACAGACCAUUUUUCGGAACUGCCCUAUGCAAGAGUUCCUGGAUGCACGAGAGUUGCAGCGUGUGAAAAUACAUUAGAAUUCAACUGCUCCAAGCGCCACAGAUUAAGCUUAAAUGACUGGAAAAUUAAAUAUCAGAUAAAACCGAUCAAUCAUGUAAGGCAGUAGUAUGUAAGUUAGUCUUAAUGUUUGUUUAACCACAAAUGGCGGACAAAUUUACCCAAUAAACAAACAAGCAAACAGA